AUGUCGAGCAACAACGGUAACGGGAGUGUGAAUGCACCACCAAAGAAACCAGAUCCAUUCAAAUCAUUCAUUGCCGGAGGACUUGCAGGUGCCGUGGAAGGUGUGGCAACUUAUCCAUUUGAGUUUGCCAAGACGAGACUCCAGUUGGUGGACAAGAGUUCCAAGAUGUCCAGAAACCCACUGGUGUUGAUUUACACGGUUGCCCGGACACAGGGUGUCAGCGCUUUGUACAUCGGGUGUCCUGCUUUUGUGGUCGGGAACACAGCCAAGGCCUCGGUGCGAUUCCUAGGGUUCGAUGCCAUCAAAAGGGUUCUUUCCGACAAGGACGGGAAGUUGUCUGGCCCCAGAGGAGUACUCGCCGGUUUGGGUGCCGGAUUGUUGGAGUCUGUGGUUGCAGUCACGCCUGCAGAAGCCAUUAAGACGGGUAAGAUUGACGACAAGCAGAGCUUGAAGCCAAGGUACCAAGACGGAGUUCGAGGAACAUUCCGGUUGAUCAAGGACUUAGGCAUGAAAGGCCUCUAUGCAGGUCUUCUCCCAGUGGCGAUGAGGCAGGGUGCAAACUCCGCUGUUCGUCUUGGAUCGUAUUCGAAGAUUAAGGGAGCCUUGCAGGACUGGAGUGACACGCCAAGAGACAAGCCAUUGAGCAGUGGUUUGACGUUCUUACUUGGUGCGUUUGCAGGGAUCGUCACGGUGUAUACGACCAUGCCUAUCGACACGGUGAAGACACGUAUGCAGUCUUUGGAUGCUAGCAAGCAGUAUACCAGCACGAUGAACUGCUUUGUCAAGAUUUUCAAGGACGAGGGGUUGAUGGCCUUCUGGAAAGGUGCAACCCCCAGACUGGGCCGUUUAAUUUUGAGUGGCGGUAUUGUGUUCACGAUUUACGAGAAAGUGUUGGAGGUUCUCGGUUGA